AUGCGGUCUGACCUGGUGAAGAUGGUCUCUUCGAGGCAAUCGGCCGCUCUCUGGAUCGAAGGGCCUGCCGACGACGAAGAAUCGCCUUCACACGCGACAUUGCUAGCAGCCAAUAUGGUUCGCGAUCUCAGUCAGCUGAGUAUUGCUACGCUCUCUCACUACAUCCACCGACCAAGAAACGCAUCUUUGGGCCGCGAGCGCGCGUUUUUGGAAAUGGUGUACUCUCUGGUCUGCCAGAUAUCUCGAACAAUCCCUGAGCAUGCGUCCUUCGAGGCAGGUCUUGUCGAAAAAGCCAAAUCUCUGCCUGCGCUCCCACAGGCUCAUUCCGAAGUGACCCUCAGCUUAGCUCCAGCGGUCAACGUUUUCGAGUCUCUUUUGAAAAGCCUCCCUCCACUUUUGUUCUGCGUGGUGGACGGAUAUCAGCUUCUUGUGAAAGGCUCAAACUCUCCGGAGUUGAAAGCAGCCUCCAAGCAGUUCGUCGCUUGCAUCUGCGAUGCAGCAACGCGCCAGCUCUCAGACCAGCCGCCAAUAUUCAAGUCGCUUUGGACCACGGAUGGGUUCUGUGGGGAUUUGCGGCUAGCUGAGAACAGCCGAGGUCUGACACGAGUUGAGUUCGAAGAUGAUGAGGACUUUGAGUCAAUGGCUUUUCGUGGUAGGGAAAUGUCGCCACUACUGGAAGGGUAA